AUGGCGCAACUCUCUAAUAUCCCGACUGAGGUCAUCGACAACAUCUUGAGGUUCGUCCCAAGAGCCGACCUUCCGAGCCUAUGCCUCAUCAAUAAAUCCCUUCAUCAGACCGCCCAGCUCUUCCUCUAUUCUACCAUUAACAUCCAAUGGACCGAUCAUCCAAAUAUCCCGAAAUUGAAAAACCCCCCGAUCAUCUCUCUUCUGCGCACUCUUUUACAAAGACCCGAGUUAUUUACCUACAUUGAUGAGGUUCAUUUGGGUGGACGCUACAUGUAUGACGAUCCAGAGCGACCAUUGUUGGAUACUACAGGCCUUUCACCCGACCUCAACCUAUUUAUUGACGCUAUCAACAAGACUCAAGUGUCUUAUACCAGCCUCUGGAUCGACAGAUUGAUAGCAGGCGGCAUGGAUGCACUUGCUGGUCUUCUCAUUACCAACGUUUCCAGAUUAAGAUGCCUGCAUAUCGGCCAUAACUUUGUUAACGGCGAUGAUAUACUUGGCAAAGUCCUUCUGUCUAAAGUAUAUGGAGAGCUACCUGCUUUUGAACGACUCAAAGAGGUGUGGUAUACUAAGAGAAGAGAUUAUAUCCAGCAGAGGAACGAGAUUUUCUCAUUCGCAGCAUCUCUAUUUUAUCUGCCGACAGCAACGAGUAUUUCCGUCUCGAUGUCAAAUCCUGCAACCUUUUCGUGGCCAAGAGAGGAGCCUAAUCUUGAUCACAUAACUCAUCUGUCGAUAGACUGGCUUCUUGAGGAAUAUUUAAUCGGUAUCCUAGUGAUUACACCAAACCUAAAAUCACUCUAUUAUGAAUGGAUAUAUCAUGAUGAUCCUGAUGAAGAGCUUGAAUAUCCACUGAUGGACUUCGACUACCUUGUUGACGUCUUAUCAUUUGUCAAAGACACGCUUGAGGUAUUCAUGUUCCAUAUGGAAAUUGGAGAUGAAGAGCGUGAUGGUUCGACUAUAGAACUGAAAUUCAUGGGAACUAUGAGAGGUCUUCUCGAGUUCGACAAACUGAGAUAUCUUUCCAUACCAUUAGCUUCGCGGCAGAGCCUAUACCUCUGGAGCAGUCUAUUCCUACAAAUAUGGAGGUUCUUCACCUACGACAAAAAUCACUCGAUGAUCAUGGAGUUAUAA